CUGAUUUCAAGCCGUCUUUGAAUGUUGGAGGACCAGGAUGAAAACGUUUGUGUGUGAUGACUCCAUGAUCAUCACCAUCCCCAUCGGGACACACACAGCGGGACGCGGCCCUCUGAUGCCCAGGGAGUUUCAGUGUGUGUUCCGGGACACGUUCAAGGUUUUUUCUAUCAGGGGAUUCCCAAAACCUCUCGGGGCAGCACAAUGCCUGACUGGACUUUCACUUGUCAUUCUUGGUCUGAUGUUUCAUCAGACAGGAAGUGUGUUCUCCAUCUUUCCCAGCAUUCUGUUUGUGCUCUGUGGAACGCUGACCUUUGCUGCAGGCCAUCUUCCAAACAUGCGUGUGAUCAAACUGUCAUUUUGUCUGAACAUCAUCAGUUUCUUGUGGUCAGUGGUGGCAGUUUGUCUCUCUGUGAUCGACUACUGUUUGUCUGAACAUUUCAACAAGCUACAUGUGGCCGUCAAAAUGCUGAUUGUGAGCCUGCUGGUUGUGGAGAACUUGACUGCCUUAUUUCUAAUCUACUGGCAGAGUAAAGCUGUUUGCAGACGACAUUUCAACACCCUGCCCAUUAUUCAGCUGAAACACGACGACUGAUGCACUUGAACACGCCACCGCGUUCAACCUUUCAGUUGCUUUGUAAUAUGAUUAGCAUAUCAAUACAGAUUUUUCUUUUAUUUAUUGUAUUAUUCUACAUAACUGUAGAUCUGGCUGUUUGACUGGAUAUUUGAAUAAAUCAG